GGGGAAUUACAUUAUAUGCUCGAAUCUUUGAAUUCUAUCAUCUGGAUAUUUUUAUCAUCCACUCUCAAACUUAUUAGUUUACUUGGUUUUUUAAAGUAACAAAUCCUAACCUUAUUGUGGUAAUAGGGUGCAGGAAUGUGGCAUUGCUAGGCUCAUAAUGAUAUGAUAAAGGUUGAACAUAUGGGUGCCUCUCCAUCACAAGCAAAGAGUAAAAAGGGGAACCAUGUUUUCCCUGAAGAGAAUACAUCAGAGCAGGGCCAUGAAAUUGGUAGUGAAUAUUUACUUACUGAACUUUUUGAAAAUAAUAAUCAAUGUGGCCAUGCUAUAACACGAAAUGAAUCAACAGAAAUUGCUACUGGUGUGUCUUGCUCCAGCAUUCACAAAUCUUCUUCUGAAAAUGUGGCUAACGGUUCUUGCCCGGAACCUUUGAGAUUGCUUCCUAAAGGUGUUAGUGAGCAUAAUCAUACCGAUCAAAGUUUUUGCGCUCAAGAAACUGUACCAGGAAAGACACACGAGUAUCAUUCUGGAUAUGUACACAAGGAAACAUCAGAAAAGAAGCAUCAGCCAGGUUCUGAAAUUGUUAAAAUUAAACUUGAAGAAUCCCGUAGUUGGGUUUGUGGCCUUCCCGCUAAACAUUCGAAACCAUUUUCUAAAGGUUUGUCCAAGAAUGCUAUUACUGAAGGUUUGGGGCUGUCACCAGCAGGUUCUAAUAAGGACAACAUACGUAGGGAACCUAGUAAGCCACCAGAGCAAGGACCACAGCUUGAAUUGGAAAGUUUACCAAAUAGUACAGAGCAAAGCACUACUGCAGUAUGCACGAAUGUUUUUAAUCAAGCCUUGCAAUUGAAUCCUGAAGAUACAAACAAGAGUAAUUGUGACAAGCUUUUACAAUCACCUUCUCAAGGUGCGCACAAUGUUAUUCAGAGUACUAACAUUGAAGACAUGGCCAAAAAUUCUAGUGUAGAACAACAUGAAACAACGUCCGAGAAUUUUAGCCAAAGCAAGGAUGGAAAAACAUUGAAAACGAUAAAGAAGAAAUAUAUGCUAAGAUCUUCGACAAAUAAUGACAGGGCUUUGCCAUCAAAUUCACAAGAGAAAUCUAAACCUGGUCAGCUGAGCAAUAAUUUGGUUGAUGUUGCUUCUAGUGAGCAGCGACAAAGGAGGAAAAAGAAAAGGAGGGAAAAAAGAGAAGUUGUUGGUGAAUAUUCAAGAAUCAGGGGACAUCUUAGAUAUUUAUUGAAUCGAAUAAGCUAUGAGCGCAGCCUGAUUGCUGUAUAUUCUGCAGAAGGCUGGAAGGGCCAAAGCCUAGAAAAGUUAAAACCAGAGAAGGAGCUUCAGCGUGCUACAUCUGAAAUUCUUCGACGCAAAUUGAAAAUCAAAGAUCUAUUUAAACGCAUUGAUUCAUUAUGUGCUGAAGGAAGGCUUCCUGAAUCUUUAUUUGAUUCUGAAGGACAAAUCGACAGUGAGGAUAUAUUCUGUGCAAAAUGUGGGUCCAAAGACCUAUCUCCUAACAAUGAUAUCAUUCUGUGUGAUGGUGCUUGUGAUCGUGGAUUCCAUCAAUAUUGCUUGCAACCGCCUUUGUUAAAAGAAGACAUUCCUCCCGAUGAUGAGGGUUGGUUAUGCCCUGGAUGCGAUUGCAAAGUUGAUUGUAUUCAACUGCUUAAUGAAUUUCAAGGAACAAGUUUCUCUCUUACUGACAAUUGGGAGAAGGUCUUUCCUGAGGCAUUGGUAUCUGAAGAUGGAGAAAAUCAAUAUCCUAACUUCAGACUACGUUCAGAUGAUUCUAAUGAUAAUGACUAUAAUCCUGAUGGUUCAGAAACUGGUGAGAAAGGUGAGGGAGAUGAGUCGAGUUCUGAUGAAUCCGAUUCCACUUUUUCAUUUGAAGAAUGGGAAGUUCCAGCUAAUGUUGAUCCGAAUUUGGGGGAGUUUCCAUCUGAUGACGCAGAGGGUGAUGAUGAUGAUGAUUAUGAUCCUAAUGGAUCAAAUCAUGAUACUGAGACAAGCCGGGAAAGCUCAAGUUCUGAUUUUACGUUUGAUUCUGAGGAUCUUGGUUAUAUGUUAGAAGAUGACAUUGCUUCCCAAAAAGAUGAAGACCCCAUGUCUAAUAGUGCUUCCACAGUUUCCAAGAGACGAAAAUCUAAAUGUGGCGGAAAGGAGUCUUUGAAGGACGAGCUGUUAUCAAUACUGGAAUCAACUUCUGAACAAGAUGGUGCUGCUGUUUCUAAGAAACGAAACAACGAAAGGUUGGACUACAAAAGGUUAUAUGAUGAGACGUAUGGCAACAUUCCUUCAAGUUCCAGUGAUGAUGAAGAUUGGAACGAUGCCACUACAUCGAGAAAAAGGAUGAAAUGUACCAUAAGAGCGACACCAACGUUGCCAAAUGGAAAUGCUUGUGCAAGUAGGAGUGAAGAGACCAAUUUUAAUGAUACAGAUUUAUCACUUGCUGAAGAGGGAGGCGUAACUGUAUCUGGUUCAAGUGGUAAAAAAUGGGGUUCAUCAACAUAUAGAAGACUAGGGGAAGCUGUAAAGCAGAGACUUAACGAGUCUUUCAAGGAAAACCAGUAUCCCGAUCGAUCCACGAAAGAGAGUUUGGCUAAAGAGCUAGAUAUAACUUUCCACCAGGUCAGCAAAUGGUUUGACAACGCUCGCUGGAGCUUCAAUAAUUCAUCAUCUAUUCACGAAACCGCAACCGAAAAAGUUUCAGAAAAUGAAAUUCCCUCAGCUCUUGAAACGAAGAAUUGAAGGUGAAGAUGUACAGGAGAUGGAUUCAGGCAACCGAUUUAGAUUCGAAUUCUUUCUUGGGUAAGCUUUAAAUUAAGGCAUAGA